AGAGCUGCUGCUCCGAUGAAAACCCCGUGGAUGUUUUCAAUGCAGGAAAUAUGUUCUUUUUUAUACAACAAAUCAUUUAAACUCAGCUGGAAUACUUACUGGGAUUACAAAAGGACUUGAUUCUCAGAAGAGGGAUUAAAGACAUGGACUGCAAAUGUUCCUCAAAUGCUUGGAAAUGGCAAGUAGCUUUCUCCCUUCUCCUUUGUAGCUGGGGCUGGGUCUCUGGGCAGCUUCGUUAUUCUGUUGCAGAGGAAUCAGAUCCAGGGACUGUUGUGGGGAAUAUAGCUCAGGAUCUGGGCUUAAACCUGGCAAAUAUUAAUACAAGGAGACUGAGUUUGGGAUCUGAAGGAAGCAGCAAAUAUUUAACAAUUGACCAGAAACAUGGAGCUCUGAUAAUACAAGAGAAGAUUGAUAGAGAGAGCCUGUGUGGAUCCAGCUCCAGCUGUUUGCUGCAUUCAGAGAUUGUAGCUGAGAACCCUCUGGAGCUGUUCAGCCUAGAAAUUGAGAUUUUGGACAUUAAUGAUAAUUAUCCUAUUUUUUCUGUCUCAGAUCAAGUAAUAAAAAUUACAGAGCUAUUAACAAGUCCAGGAGUAAGAUUUCCUUUACCCACUGCUAAAGACUUGGAUGUGGGCAAAAAUGGUGUGAGACAUUACAGCUUAAAUCAAAAUCCUUAUUUUUCAUUAUCAGAAAAAUAUCGCAAUGAUGGGAUUUUGAUUGCAGAAUUAGUACUAGAGAAAAAUCUAGACAGAGAAGAGAAAUCAGAACACACGCUUAUUCUUUCUGCCAUUGAUGGAGGAGAACCUCCCCGAUCAGGAUCUACUCAGAUUAAUAUAAUUGUUUUAGAUAUCAAUGACUAUGCACCCGUGUUUGAUCAGACAAGAUAUAAGGUAGGGCUGAUGGAAAAUGUACCUUUAAGAACAGUUGUUAUAAAACUAAAUGCUACAGACCUAGAUGAGGGUGCAAAUAGUGAAAUAUUAUAUUUAUUUGAUGACCAUACAGUGGAUUCAGCAAAGGAAAUAUUUGAUUUAAAUGGAAACACUGGGGAAAUCAUUAUUAAGGGGGCUAUAGAUUAUGAAAUUGCAAAGUCAUAUGAAUUAUUUGUAAAAGCUGUAGACAAAGGAUCGCCCACUCUAGAGGGACGAUGUGUUGUCCAGGUUGAGGUGCAAGAUGUGAAUGAUAAUAUACCAGAAAUUGUAUUUACUUCUAAAAAUAAUGAAGUGCCUGAAAGUGCCCCAGUAGGAACAGUCGUUGGGUUUAUCACAGUCAGAGACAAGGAUUCUGGUAAAAAUGGGGAGGUCAAACUGGAAAUCUCACCAGAUUUACCCUUUAAAUGCCAGCCUAUGUCAAACCGUUAUACACUGGUCACCAGUGGACAACUGGACAGGGAGACCAUAUUCCAAUAUACUGUUACACUGAUCGCUUCUGAUCUCGGAUCUCCAUCUUUAAGCAGCCAGGCUACGGUCAUCAUUAGCAUUUCUGAUGUCAAUGAUAAUCCUCCAAAAUUUUUACAUUCUGCUUACAAUGCAUUCAUAUCAGAAAACAAUGAACCUGGCAGACUGUUAUGUACAGUAUCUGCUGGGGAUCCAGAUGAAGGAGAUAAUGCAAAGCUAAUUUACUCCUUAGCAGAGAGCCACAUAGAUGGCUCUCCUGUUUCUUCAUUUGUAUAUAUUAACUCUGACACUGGUAAUAUUUAUGCCCAGCGAUCUUUUGACUAUGAACAGUUCCAAGUUCUACAGAUCACAGCGAGAGUAGAAGAUUCUGGAUCCCCAAAGCUGUUUUCCAAUGUGUCAGUCUUCAUAUUUAUUCAGGAUACAAAUGACAAUUAUCCCUCUAUAUUAUACCCAGAGAACUCAGGCGAAAUCAGUGCAGAAGAGACCAUUCCCAGAUCUGCAUCUGCUGGUUAUCUAGUCAGUAAAGUGUCUGCAGUGGAUCUGGAUUCUGGACACAAUGCCUGGCUCACCUAUAGACUUGUUCAGUCUGGCAGUCCAGCUUUGUUUCACAUCUCUGAACAUACAGGAGAAGUCAGAACUGUGCGAGGAUUACAGGAGACGGAUAACACAGAACAUCGACUUGUCAUUUCAAUCAGUGACCAUGGGGAGCCUUCACUGUCCUCUACAGUCACUCUGAUUGUAAAUAUAAUGGAGCAUAUUGCUCAGGAAAGCCCCAAAUCUCAUGAUUUUCUUGCACACUCUAAAUCAGCACCAAACAUGACUCUAUAUCUUAUCAUUUCUUUGGUUGCCAUCAGCCUAGUUUCCUUGGUAACCUUUGUGAUAUUAUUGGUAAGGUGCCUUAAAAAGAAUAAUGACAGCAGUUGUGGUUCUUGUUUUCCAAACAAAUCACUCCCUGGGUCCUACAUGGAUCAAUAUAAACCAACACUGUACCUGAACACAGAUGGAACUUUAAAGUACAUGGAAGUGAGGAUGGCUCCCUCAGAACCUCAAGUAUCUUGUUAUCCACCUUGUUUUCCUGCAACAGCAAAUAUUCCAGACUCAACACUUACACAGUUUCAAAAUACUCCUCAAAUAGCGGAACCUAAGUCCAUUUCUGACAGCUGGUUUAAUGCAAUAAACCAGGGGCUUCGGGGAAAUAUAUUGGUCGUCUAA